GAAAGUACAUUCCUAUGCUCCAUAUUAUCUAUUGCCUACAAUUUUGAAUGUAAAUCCAAUUCUCUGAAAUUGAAACCCUAAGUCUCUGCACCGACACCGACACUGCAGCCGUCAAUGGAAGCAUAUCUGGUGUAGAAAUUGCAUCAGAGAAACAGAGAAUAUUCGAUAGGCGGGAGGGGAUCUGAACUCUUUUAACGAGCAACAGACGCUUCAGUGAGGUUUUGCUUUGCUUCGCUUAAGUUUGGUAAGAGAUGCAGCAUCGGUGCCACUAGAUGUAGUGUGUCAGUGUGCGGAGUCUCCGUGCAAAUCCUCAAAUCCAAUGCCGACACAAGCCGCGACCUCAUCGCCGAGAUCUGUCGAUGCGCCAAAGUGCGUGUGACGGCGCGCGUGACGCUAAAAUUCAGUCUUCGACGUCUUACGAGUGCUUGCAGAUUCACACUUUCGGUGUGGGAUCUGAAAGACGAGGCGGAUUGUCAUCCGGUUUGUGGGUCGCAUUCCGUUGUUUCUGAUUGCAACGUGGAGAACUAGUCGUCGAGAUUGCGUCCAACUUGUGUUCAUGUGAUCUUACAAUCAUUCAGAACAUGAGGCUAUUGGAGAGAUGUUCAUUGAUGAGUCCGUGCUUGGCGCCUCGUGGAUUGGCCGGUUCCUUGACGAUACUCGUGUGCAUCGGUCUAGUUAUCGAUAGAGUGAAUUUUGAAGCUUUCAGCAGUUCUCAGAAGGGCGUAGAGUGGCUCUCUGGCGCAGAAGCAUCCGAUCCAAUAAGUUUCUUCAGUGCAAAGCCUUCCCCUGAACUUGCCAGACCUAAGGAUUUAACAAGCCAUGCACCGGAAAACAGAGGUUCAGACUUAAAUUCCUCUUCCGAAUUUGCCGAUAUCGAAGCUCCGCUGCACAUUGCUACAGAGCCAGCCGCAGCGAUAGUUCGAACUGCACCUCGUGCGCCAGAAGUCGCCGAUGGGAGUUCGUUUGACGGGGAUGAACAUGCUAAUGCAGAGAAAAAUUCGUCAACCACCAUUGAAGAUGGGGCUGAUGCAGGGGAUUCGAUUGACUGGGAUACGGGAUGGGGGGAAAUAGAUCUGGAUCAGAUUGCGAGUUCGCCUAUUGAGGAAGAAUCUGGUAAGGAUAAUGUGGGCCAAGAGGAGUUUCAGCUUGUCCCAACUGCUUCGACCAAGUGGGUUUACGAUGUCUGCUUGUUGGUUUCCACUGGACGGAAGCCCAAUAUCGACCGACCAGCCCUGCCUUACGGUGAGCUUUACAGACUCUUCAACGCCGCCAAGGGUGCGCCGAAUGGGACGGAGCCUUGGAGCAGCCUCAGCGAACGAAAAUUGUAUGUAGGGGGCGACUUCUCAACAAUCCUUUGUCUCAUGGUGAGCGACGAACUUGGUCCGUCGGUCGAGUGCUCCAACUACAACAAGUUCGGCGUAAAGACGAAUCAUUGCAAGCAUUUGGUGGUUGGAGAGACGAAGAGAUACAGCCCACAACCAUCAUGGGAUGACUUCCGUAGAUAUGGUUUUCUCUGGAACACCGUGGAGAUUGUGAACCUAGACGUGGAGGAUCCCGCAAGAAACCCUCCGAUUUUGCCAGAGUCACAAUGGCGGCCGACCAUUGUGACGGCUUUCAGCAGCAAUAAAGCGGAAGUUGGUCUCCUUAUGCUCCGAUCGUUAGGCAAAGUGGCGGCCGAGCAAACGGAAUUCAAUGUCUCUGUGGUUGUGUAUACGCUGAACAGGUUUCCAGCCAUCGCCCGACGUGUUUUACUCUGUGUGAUUAAUGAGCUUCAGACUGUGUACAAGGUCCCAGCGGAGAUACGGCAAUUCGAUUUUGACGCCUGGCCGUCCUGGAUGCACCUCAAUCAGACACUUAGCCCCAACGCCGGAAGUGGAGAAUACGCGUGGAAAGCCAUAAUAAUGCACACGGUGCUUCUCGAAAGGGGCUUUGUGUACUGGGCCAAUGCUGGGGAUCGCUUCCGAAGCGCCAAUGGUUUAACAUCAACCCUGCGUCACUUGGAGAGGAAAGGAUUUACAUCCCGGAUGUCCGGCGGACGUGUUAAGGAUACCACUCACGUGAGGCAGCUGGAAUAUUUUGGAGCAAACAGACGCCCCAUCACCGUGAUGCCAAACUGCGACACCUCUGGCAUUGGCUUCACUCUCGACAGGUACAAGCAACUGGCACGUCCAUGGUACGAGUGCUGCAUUACGCGGCAAUGCAUAGCUCCGGAGGGAUCCAACCCAAUGAACCACCGACAAGACCAGUCGGCUCUCACCGUGCUGGCCGCGUUCUCCAGAGAUAGUUGCGAAGGGGUGGCUUUCGAUGUCGUCAAGCAAAUUGACCACUCUCCGAAACAUUACUUGAUUGGUGUGAAUGCAACUCAGUGUUACAAGGACCCUCUCCACUUGAGAUGGCGUUAGUUGAAUCAUCGUACGCUCGAUCACAUCAGUUGGCAUUCCUUUUUACUGACAGUGGCCAAGGCCUUCCACACGGGUCAUCCCUCAAGUGUCUGCGAUGUCCUCUCACAUCUUUUUUCCAGAUCGAGACCAUCAGCCCUGUCUUUUCGGAGUUAGCAUCAUACGGCUACUGCCACCCAACAGCUAUGCGUUGAGGACCGAUGCACCUGCCAGAUUCAGACUCUGCCCAAAGCUUGAGUAAGUUAGAAAGAGCCUGCACCAAAUAAACGGUAUGGAGCAGCGAUGGUCUGUUGCAUUGAAGUGGCAGAUUUGAGCCACUGAACUAUCAUAACAACGAACCAAAUUAGAGCAGCUGCUUAGGAUAACAACGGCCGGCGCGGCGCUAGAGACACUCUCACAGUGUUCACGAUGACAGCCUGAUUGGCUAUCACCAGCACAUCACAGUCGACAUCCUUUUCGCUCCCCAGUAGACCUUAUUGGAAGCAUAUCAAUCCUGGUGAAUCUAUAUCGCUGUGUGCGAUGAGGAGUAGAUCGUCCGAGACUCGACGACAUCACAGGAAACGUAACGAUGUAUCCGAUAUGCUGAGGCAUGAGAAACUCAGUUUCUCACCACAAUGCCGCAGUGCCAUCUCUUGUCACUGACAUUAGUCCUCCCCUUGCAUCUCCGUGUCAUGGGUGCCUUGCUGUGCAACAUUUUCUUCGAGAUUGGAGACAAUGCUUGCAAGGACUUGCCAUAUGCAGCCAAUUUUGUUAUAGUCUUUUUUGGAGUCUAUCAAACGGGGCUUUUUGUUUAUACUAUCUUCUUCAAUCUCUUCGCUUUUUUUUUUUUUUUUUUUUUUUUUUAAUACUAUGCUUUUACGGGGUCUACAGAACCAAACAAUAGAUGCAAAGAGGCUGAAGUUGUGUGACUUCGCGCAAAAUGUGAGGAGCUCUAAAAUGGUAACCUGAGGUUUUACUGCGCAUCUUUCAUGGAAAAAGAUAUGGACAGUUUUGUCGAAUUGUGAUAAAAAUGUUUUGAUUUUCUGCA